AUGGAGCUCGUAUCCCCGUUCAUGUUAGCAUAUAGCUACUUCAAGGCACCACUGGCAUCCGAGGUUACUCCCCCGCUCUCCCUCGAACACCCGUCCACCCUCCUCGCAGUGCUGUUCUUACUUCACUAUCUCAACCGCGCCCUCAUCUCCCCCCUCCGCACGCCAUCGCGCUCAAAGUCGCACGUAUCCGUGAUAUUGUCGGGCCUGAUCUUCAAUCUCCUGAACGGAAGCCUCAUGGGCACGUACCUCUCGUCUCCCGACGCACAGCACUUCCUCGCGGAUGCCUUCUCUCGCCCUCUAUUCUGGACCGGAAUCGGCCUGUGGGCGCUGGGUUUGGCAGGCAACAUCCUGCACGACGAGAUCUUACUCAAUAUCCGGCGCAACGCCAAGGCCAAAGGGAAGGCCAAGGCGCGCGGCGGCGACGACAACGGGAAGCGCAAGAGCAACCAGGAGCACUACGCCGUCCCCCACGGGUAUCUAUAUCACUUUAUCUCGUACCCGAACUAUUUUUGCGAGUGGUGCGAGUGGCUCGGGUUUGCUCUUGCUGCUGCGCCCCCACCGUCGUUUGAGUCCUUUGCCCAGCUGCUUGAGACGCUGCACCCACCAUACGCAUUCGUAUUCCUGGAGGUUGUCUUGAUGCUGCCGCGUGCAUAUCGAGGACACAAGUGGUACCACAGCCGCUUUCCUGACUAUCCCCCGGAGCGGAGAGCUGUCAUCCCGUUUUUGUUUUGA